GCCCGAAAAUCUCCACGCGCCGAUUGUGCUGAUCAGAAACACUAUGUAAGAUUGCAUAUGCUAAAUAUAAAAACUAGACGAGAAUCAGAACGCACGAUACUAGUGAUGUGAGCACGAAUCCAGCAACAUCGACGAUCUGGAGAGCUCCAUCGAGUGUAUCGUGUACUUGUAGACAGGCGUUCUAUCUAAAACUGGACAAGGAACACUAGGGUCGAUUCGGUCAAUAACACAUAAACUCAAGGGCAACCUCGUAACUUGGCUGGACGAGCGUGAGAGUGGGCGCGUAGAUAUUUACCCGCCAUCAGUCAUCGGUGUGUGAUGCAGAGGCGAUGCCGAGCGGGUGGAGCUCUAGCCACGCCCACGCUCCCGCCUCCCCGGCAAACACACUCACGCCCGCCGAGGCCACAUCCUAGCACGUUGUAGACGCCGCCACCGCCACCGCCUGACGCCAUGCAGGAGUUCCAGUCCAUCCCUGGCCUGGCCGGGCGGCUGUUCGGCGGGGCCGCGGCACCCGGCGACCUCCGGCGCGCGCAGGCGGCGCAGCAUGGCCCCGGCGGGGCGCGAUGCGGCGGUGCCUCGCCCGCGGCGCCCGAGGCGGUGAAGUGCCCGCGGUGCGAGUCUACCAACACCAAGUUCUGCUACUACAACAACUACAACCUGUCGCAGCCGCGCCACUUCUGCAAGAGCUGCCGCCGGUACUGGACCAAGGGCGGCGUCCUGCGCAACGUCCCCGUGGGCGGCGGCUGCCGCAAGGCGAAGCGCGCCUCGCCGUCGGCGUCGGCGUCGGCGUCCUCGCCCGCCUCGUCGUCGGCGCCGUCCACGCCCGCGUCGGCCGACGCGGCCAAGAACCCGCGCCGCGCCUCGGCCUCGCCCCGCUCCAACAGCGGCAGCGCGAGCCCCACGGCCGCCGCCGCGACGACCCCGACCCCGACCGAUCCGAGCACCUCCGCCACGCCGUCGUCGAACGGCGUCGCCUUCACGGGCAGCCACCACUCGUCGAACCCCUUCUCCACGAUCGACGUGGCGGCCGCGCCACCGGCGCCGAUAUUCGCCGACCAGGCGGCGGCGCUGGCGUCCCUCUUCGCGCCUCCCCCUCCGCCGCCGCUCCCGGUGUUCAGCUUCGCGGCGGCGCAGCCGAAGGAGGAGGAAGCGCCCACCAAUUCGGAGCUGCAGCAACACCUCGCCGCACAGGCGGCGCCGUCGUCGUCGGUCUCCGAGGACAUCAUGGCGCCGUUCGCAUCCCUGGACGCCGCUGGGAUAUUCGAGCUCGGCGACGCCGCGUCAGCCGCGGCGUACUGGAGCGCCGGGAGCUGCUGGGCGGACGUCCAGGACCCGAGCUUGUACCUACCCUAGCGUACGUGCUUGUUUAGUUACCUAUCGCGAUCGCUAGAUUAAAGCCGCGGUUAGAUCUUAACGACGGGCGACGGCCACGAGCUCCGUCUCUCUAGCUAUUACUCCAUGUCCUCCCUGCCUCUCUCUCUCUCUCUUGUUUAUUGGUGAUUUGGCUUCACAGGCUGCGUGUCUAGAAAGCUAACAUCUGUGUUUCGUGUCUGCAUGCACCCUGCGAGUGUGGCGGAUCAUUGCGCUGCUGCGAUAGAAUUAAUCGCAUUAUUAUUGCUUGUUUACUCUUCGUAAUAGUAACUUGUAUGAAUA